GCAUGGUUUCGUUUUAGUGGAUUUUUUAUAUUGAGCAAGAUCAGAUGAGUGUAGUCGAUACCGCCCGACCUUGGUACACCACCCAUGCGUUAACUACAAUGCGUGAAAAAGAUUCUUCACCACGUAAAAUGUUGAUUGGAGGCCAUGCCUCACCCAAGCAAGCAUCCGUCUAUCCACAAUCGGCUCGAGUACCACCCGAACAAUUAAAUGGGGGUGAAGACGAUUACGACGAUGAUGAUGAAAUGCCAUUCGAUUUAUCGCGAAACAAUCAUACACGAACACCUCCUUCGGAAAAUCGUGGACCACACAUGUCUCCAGCGGGGCAUCCACCAGGCUCCCAGGACACGGAUGAUCAACCAUUGGAUUUACGUGUAGAACAUAAGAAAGAUUUACUCCGAAGACCACGUAUUGAAGAUGAAAAUCGAAAUUUGAUAUCACCAGCACCAAGUAUAACUGGAGGAGGGAUCAGUGAUAAAGAUGACGAUGAAGUGAUUGUUGAUGAUUCCCGACCAAGUUCCCAACAAUCACAAGUGAAAAGUUUACUCAAUAAAUCCUCUAGUACAAUAAAUUCCUUAAAUAAUAAUAGUUCAAAUUCCUUACCACCAGGAGGUUAUCCCCCAAUGUUAUUCCCACCACAACCGAUUCAUCCAAUCAUGUUGGAAGCGAUGAUGUAUCGUGCACAAAAGGAUAAUUUACCACGUAUACCAUUACCAUACCCAUCGUCAAGUCCACCGGGGGGAGGUACUCCCGGAGGAGCAUAUGGUUCUGGACAUCAUCAACACCGUUAUCCAUUCUUACCACCAAAUUUACUUAGUCCACAUUCUGCCGUCCAAGUUCCUUUCGAUGUGUUACGUAAUACACCUAAUGUUGUUCCACCUAGUACCAAAACUAUCCAGCAUCAACCUCAUCUAGCCGGAAAUACCGAUAAUAAUAGUGCUACUUCCGCAGCAGGUGGGAAAUUAAAAGAUCGAUACGCGUGUAAAUUUUGUGGAAAAGUUUUUCCUCGCUCAGCGAAUUUAACACGUCAUUUACGCACACACACGGGAGAACAACCGUAUAAAUGUAAAUAUUGUGAGCGAAGCUUUAGUAUUUCCUCGAAUUUACAACGACAUGUCCGAAAUAUUCACAAUAAAGAGAAACCGUUUAAAUGUCCGCUAUGCGAACGAUGUUUCGGUCAGCAAACUAACCUCGACCGACACUUAAAGAAACACGAGGCCGAUGGACCCACAAUUUUGGAUGAACGGACAUUGCAAAGGCAGCGAUCAAUGGUUGCACAACAGCAACGUAUUAAAGAGGAAAGUUAUUUCGAGGAGAUUCGAUCGUUUAUGGGUAAAGUUACAGAUAGUCGAUUGUUACAACAAAUGAGCCAUUUACCGUUAAAUCAUCCCUCACGACUUUUACCAAACUUUCCACACCAAAUUACAACAAAUAAUCAUCGACAACAACAAUCUACAACGUAUUCAUCGAGUUCUCCACCUGUAACACAACGAUAUACCCCACCUGAAGCUUUCAACAAUAAUAAUAACAAUAACAAUAAC